GCUCAACUGCUGCACAAGGUCCUGUCAUUUUAUGUUCCAGAUGAAGCUCCAAAGCUCAGAGAUGAGGAGGAUAAUUUUAUUCUUGGGAGUCUACAUUGCUGCUUUUAAUUUGAGGGUUCAAGCUCAGGAGAACAAUGAAAUCUGCAAUGAACAAAAGGAUCCUGGGCACUCAGAAAAUCCUAGUUUAAGGAAUAUUGAAUGGUACUACAAUAACAACACAUGUGAUCCAUUUUUCUAUAGUGGAGAAGGAGGCAACCGAAACAGAUUUCCGAAUGAGACAGCAUGUUUGAAAUCCUGCUCUAGCAAAUACAAUAAACUAUUCCCGGAUGGAAGUGCAGCAUGCCAACUGCCGAAAGUACGAGGAGACUGCCAAGCCAGGAUACUAAGAUGGUACUACGAUGCAGAGGCUGAUAAUUGCGAUACAUUCUUCUUCAGCGGGUGUCAUGGGAAUGGAAACAAUUUUGAAAACAGGAAGAGCUGUUGGAACCUAUGUGUUACAAAGAAGCAAGGUCGACGCGGCGCAGAAGCAGAAAUUGAAGUUCAAACGAGAGAUGAAGGCGAUACUGUUGCAAUUGUCUUUGGAUGUCUUUUUGGUAUUGCUGUCAUUGGCUUCAUAGUUGCAUUCGUGAUUCAGAGGAAAAAGUAUAAACGCCAUGCAAAGAAAUCGAGAUGUACAGAAGUAGAGAUGAAAUAAAUCCACUAUCAAGUUCAUGAAAAACAUACCUAUUUCCUGAAGACAUAUAAUUCUUGAAUGCCAAGAAUCCAUCAAUUUCAUAUUUUAGAUAAUGAUUUUGUACAUUGACUUUUUUAAGCUUGAUAAAACUUGAUGUUUCAUGC